GAUGCUGAUAUUUUCUAUCUUGUCAUAUUUGGUUACAGCUAAAUUCCAAAUCUAUAUGGAUGGAUAAUUAAGGAUUUUGAAUUAUUCAUUAGCAAAUUUUGGACAUAUUCCAUAUGGACGCACUUUAGGUGGAUUUUUGGUGGCUCCUUAAGAAUUAGAAGAUAACUAAUUAGAUCUAUGCAAUAAAUCCAAUAUCCAGAAAUUACCAGACUUAGAGAGUGUUUGGGUUGUUGGACGUAUAGGAAAUUGUUCAGCAACCACAAAAGUAUAUUCUAUAUAUUAGGAUUAGGCAUAUGUAGCAUAGGAAUUGGGAGCUAAGUUAUUAAUAAUCAUAAGUAAAAAGGCUAACUUAACUAAUGUAAUGGAGUUAAAUAAUGAUGGGAUGGGUUUCAAGGUGCAUAUCCCAACAAUUGAGAUUGCCAAAUAGGAUGGUGAAUUAUUAUUACAGGAAAUUACGAUAACAUCAGAAUCACGACAAUAUGGAUUAAUUUCAUUCAAUGAUUCAAAGAAAGUUGAAAAAGUAUGCAACAUAAACAUAUAUUACAGCCUGAAGUAAUUUUGUUCAUUUCCCUAAAUGAUAAAUCAGGCUUUAAAUUUAUAAGGGAAUUUUAGUAAUACUAUAAAAUAUUGGAGAAACAGGUGUAAUUCUACAUCAGUUAUGAAGUAGAAGUGAGUAAGAGAGAUAAAAGAAUGAAUUUUACAUAGCCAAAUGAGUAAUGUAUGGGAGGUGGAAGAUAUUGUAUGUAAAUAAGGGGAGAAGGUUUAGGUAGAUAGGUGAUAGAAGAACAAUUGAGAUAACAUUGUAUUUGGAUUAAUAAUGCAACUCAAUGGUUUGAGUAUAUGGUAAUAGAAAAUAUAAGAAAAAAUUUAGGAUUAUUUUGAUAAGAAUUGUUUUUAGGUGUAACAUUAUGCUGCUUGUUCAAAUGAGAAUUGGAUAAUGAAAUAAAAAGUAAUAGGAGAAUGUGUGGAGAAUUCAUAUGAAAAGGAUUCAAAAAAGGCAAGAGAAUUAAAAGAAAAUAUAAUAAUGGAUUAAUGGGUAGGAAAUAAAUCAUUAAGUGGAAUUACAUAUUUUCCAGGAGUUUUAGUGAAUGGAAAACCAUAUCAUGGUAAUUUAGAGGCUGAAAGUGUUACUGAAGAUAUAUGCAGCAGUAUGAUAAAUAUUAUGAUUUAGAUAUGUUGGAUUAAACAGUUUGUUUGGCUUUAUAAUAAUAAGAGGAUGAUUCUCCAAGUAAUGGAAGUGAAAUAAAUUGGGCAAUGAUUGCAUUUGCAGUAGUAAGUUGUAUACUUUUUGGUUUAUUCUUGUUUAUGUGUUAUAGAAGGAGAUUGAAAAUGUAAAUGUAAUAAGAAUUGGGUUAAUAAGUAAAUGAGAUGGUCAGUUAAUACAUAAAGUUUUAUGAAACUAAAAAUGAGAAAUGAU